AUCCAGUGCGAGCUCGGUAUCAAUCAUUCUCAUACAUUCAAGAUUCUUACCGAUCGCGCCUUAAUAAAAAUAAAAUAUCACCCAUGGAGAUGAAGAAGAUCGCAUUCGCAGUUCUCUUCGCCGCCGCGGCAUUGAGCGCGGUCUUGGCUGCUCCAGCGGCCGUCACUGCUCCCGCUCCUGCUCCAGCUACCGCUGCUGCCGGUGGUGCAGCUGGUGCUGCUACUGCUCCGGCUCCAGCUCCGGCUGAAGAGAAAAGCGGUGCCAUCGCCGCCUUCCCCAGCAUGGCCUCUUUGGUUGGGGCCUCCGUGUUGUCCUUCUUUGCCUUUUACAUGCACUAAAUUAACAACCAAGGACGUCACGUCACACAAGGAAGGCGAUAAGACAAAAUGAAGAAGGAGAGACCACCAAAGGGAACCAUUUUUUUAUCUUCUCUUUCUCAUUUGUGUAGAUGUAAUGAAACUUAUUUGAAAUAAAACAAUUUCUAUUAGUAUAAACCAUGCAUUAUUAUUGUUGA